AUGUACAAUGGGGCCGCCAGGCAUCAGCAGAAUCACCAUCACACAGAGAGCCUUCUGUCAGUCCACGAUGUAGUUGCACAGAAAAGCUAUGAGCCUGAACUACCUCCAAUGCCCGAAGACUUCAACGAUGACGAGGAUUCCGUCAAGAUCAUAAGGCUAGUUAAAAACAAGGAGCCUCUGGGAGCUACGAUAAAGCAAGAUGAUUUUACAGGAGCCAUCCUUGUGGCCCGAAUCAUGAAAGGAGGGGCGGCAGACAGAAGUGGCCUUAUUCAUGUUGGGGAUGAGCUGAAGGAGGUCAAUGGAAUCCCUGUGGAUGACAAGAAACCAGAGGAAAUUAUUCGUAUUCUGGCUCAGUCACAAGGGGCCAUUACCUUUAAAGUGGUUCCUGGGGUCAAGGAGGAUGUAUUGGUCAAGGAGCCAAAGAUGUUUGUGAAGGCGCUCUUUGACUACGACCCAAAAGACGACAAAGCCAUCCCAUGUCAGGAGGCCGGACUCGCCUUCAAAAAGGGCUCCAUUCUUCAGAUCAUGAGCCAAGAUGAUGCAACCUGGUGGCAAGCCAAGCAUGAAGGGGAUGCUAACCCCCGUGCUGGCUUAAUCCCGUCCAAACAGUUUCAAGAGAGGAGACUUGCGUUGCGAAGUCCUGCUGCAAUUCUCCCGAUUCACAGGUCUUCACUUCGACGGUCCCAUGAUGUGGCUGUAGAUCGUGGUAGGUGUUUUCCUCUUUUUCCUUUUUCCUCUUCGGUCUUCUGUUCAGUUUGUCAUCCAACUUUUUCACUAACAUGCUCAAUUUCAUUUCCUGCUUCAUUUGCUGUUUCUCACAUGUCAAAUAAGGUACUCAAAUUUCAGUGUGUAGACUGUGAUUUGUUUUGUGUAACAGGCCUUAUUCAUGUUGGGGAUGAGCUGAAGGAGGUCAAUGGAAUCCCUGUGGAUGACAAGAAACCAGAGGAAAUUAUUCGUAUUCUGGCUCAGUCACAAGGGGCCAUUACCUUUAAAGUGGUUCCUGGGGUCAAGGAGGAUGUAUUGGUCAAGGAGCCAAAGAUGUUUGUGAAGGCGCUCUUUGACUACGACCCAAAAGACGACAAAGCCAUCCCAUGUCAGGAGGCCGGACUCGCCUUCAAAAAGGGCUCCAUUCUUCAGAUCAUGAGCCAAGAUGAUGCAACCUGGUGGCAAGCCAAGCAUGAAGGGGAUGCUAACCCCCGUGCUGGCUUAAUCCCGUCCAAACAGUUUCAAGAGAGGAGACUUGCGUUGCGAAGUCCUGCUGCAAUUCUCCCGAUUCACAGGUCUUCACUUCGACGGUCCCAUGAUGUGGCUGUAGAUCGUGAGGAUGCUGACUUUAUUAGCGGAUCCCGUCUAGUUGGGUUCAGAAGAAGCUUCCGUCUCAGCAGGAAAGACAAGAAGACCAACAAGUCCAUGUACGAGUGUAAGAAGAGUGCAAUUUACGACACAGCAGACGUUCCCACUUAUGAAGAGGUCACGAAAUACCAGAGGCAGGAUAGAGCUAAACACCGACUGGUGAUCUUAGUCGGACCCACUGGAGUCGGCUUGAAUGAACUGAAGAGAAAACUUUUGAUUUCUGAUCCACAACACUUCAGCGUGACCAUCCCACACACAAGUCGGCCCAAGAAGAACCUGGAGAAUGAUGGUGUGGAAUACCAUUUCAUCUCCAAACAUCUUUUUGAGACGGAUAUUCAGAACAAUAAGUUCAUCGAGUUCGGCGAAUACAAAGGCAAUUACUAUGGGACAAGUUUAGACUCAAUACGGUCGGUCCUUUCCAAGAACAAAGUGUGCCUAUUGGACGUCCAACCUCAUACAUUAAAGCACCUGCGGACGGCGGAGUUUAAACCAUUUGUAGUUUUCGUGAAGCCUCCUACGAUCGAGAGACUGAGGUUGACGAGAAUGAAUGCAAAAGUCAUUUCAGGCAAGGAUGACAAGGGAUCUGCUAAGACAUUUACGGAGGACGACUUUCAGGAGAUGCUGGCAACUGCCCAGACAAUGGAGAAUCAGUACGGGCAUCUAUUUGAGAAGGUUAUAGUAAACGAUAACCUUUCGGAGGCCUUUGGCGAGCUGCGUGCGGCACUAAAGAAAGUGGAGCUGGACACGCAGUGGGUUCCCGUGAGUUGGACUCACUCCUGAGACGGUCACAGACUGUGUGAAGCGUGAGAAACAUGAAGGCUUUGCCAGUCGGUCUGCAUUCUGGUGGGAUUUGUGGCAAGAUAAGAAGUAGUCAGGUCUCGAUUGCACUUUGGGCCCAGGCUCUUUCCAGGAUGUGAGCACCGAUUUAGAUUGUCGUCUUGGAUGCAAGAUGAAGUGGUUCAUUCCAAACCAGAAUGCUGAAUGAGCCCGGACUGCCGUAGUGGCAGCAACCUCGCCAGCACAUCGGCAGCACCGCCAACCAGAAGCCUUUCUUAAAAGAUGAGACUAUUAGAAACCAAAGGAACCGUCACAUUUCUUCUUGGUUUGAAAACUUACAUGUACAUGCCUGUAAAAGUAUGCAAGGAGGGAGCGGGGGGACCGUCUUAUUAUAAUUUUUAUACUUCUGAAAUGACUUCCACUGCGAAACAUUAUUUGGUACAUUCUUAUAAAGGGCUGUACUUGUUGAAUUUUUAUGAAAAAAAAGUAAUAUAUUUUUUAAUACUUUUUAUUUUUCUUUUUUUUUUUUUUAACAUGUCAUACGCAUAUCAUCAAUGAUCUCGAUUAUUCAUUAACUCUUACGCGGACUGUGUACUCACAGUUAUCUUUGCAUCGUUGUCCUCACACAAGCCAUUUUUCAGGGAUUCUAGCCACUCCUGACUGCAUUGAGAGUCUAGUGUGAUUUUCCCCUUUUUUCCGUAUAGCCUCAAUGACACCCCCCCCCAACCCUUUUUUAUG